GCUCGCUGUCAUUCGUCCAAGGCGAGCCAACCGGUGCGAUCGUGGCGCUGGCGGAGUGGAGCAGCGAGAGCCGCAUGUAAAUGAACACCUCCACCUCCCUGUUGUUGUCACCUGAGGAUCUAGAGGGGCAGUGGGUGUCCUGUACCCCUAAACGGCGAGCCGACCUUUAACGUGUUGUGUGGAGAUAAAAAGCUUAAACUGCACUACUUUGGAGCAAACGCUGUCAGCUAAUCGCUGCUGUGCGUCGCUGCCGUUUCUCCCUACAACACGAAGAGUGCCUCUCUGCCACCCCCUGCUGACCAUGCAGAGUGUGUGCGCGGUGCUCGUGGCACUUGCCGCUACCGCCCUCAGCUCGGCAGACCCCGACAUGCACAGACCGAGACAUGACUCCAACCUGGAGAUCUACAAGCGGCUUUUUGAGACCAAGAGGAAAGAUCAGCUGAAUGCGCUCAAGAAUCUGGUGGAGCUGAAUGACAUCAACCAGCAGUACAAGAUCAUAGACAUCAUGCUCAAAGGACUCUUCAAGGUGUUAGAGGACUCAAGACAAAUCCUGGUUGCGGCCAACAUGCAGCCUGACGACCCCUUCCCCAUGGAUGAUAAGAUCAAAGAAGCUUAUUCCCAUGUGGUGGAGAAUACAGCAUUUUUUGGCGAUGUGGCAUUGCGUUUUCCCCGUAUUGUCCACCACUACUACGAUCGGAAUGCUGACUGGGGUGAUCUGCUGCGCUGGGGGCUGAAUUUCUGUAACCAGACAGGGGUUUUCACAGGAGGAGCCCAUCAACAUGUCCUCACACUUAUGUCACAGGAGCUGGGAAUAACAGAGAAAUCCCAAGACUUUAUAAACCCGUACCGCACAGAGAGAGACGAUGUGCUUCACACUGCAGAGGCUUUCCAGAAGAUCCUGAGGGAGGAGGAGAAGAGGAGGAGGAAGGAAGAGAAGAGGAAAGAAAUCAGGAAAGGCCCUCGCAUCUCCCGCUCUCGCACCGAGCUAUAGCGUGCCUCAGUGCUUGUGCAGAGCAGGGAGGAGAAGAAGAAGAGGAAGAAGCAAACACACAGUCCACAAGGGACUUGACUUGUAGACUCAGAUGACAGUUAGGGAAAUAAAAGCUGCCGUCACUUGUACAAAAGCCAGGUGGUCUGCUGAAAAGAAGAGAGGCACCCUCAAUGUGACACAAAGUAAAAUAGAGGUGGAGGUUAGUCAGACACAGGCCUGGAUUGCUGUACUCUUACAGUAAUUUAUAAUUGGAAAAUCUAAUGUUGUAUAAGGGGUAAAAGAUGUUUCUGGAAUAGGAGUUGAUAAGGGAAACUCAUUUUUGAUAACUUGAGGAUUACAUAACUGUACUUUGGAAUAUUAGUAAUUUUAGUAUAAUAUAUUUGCUUCAGAACUUUGCAAAACCCUAUUGUAUUGCGUCUGGUCUAGAUUUAAUGUGUCAAAAGCUCAAAUGCUUCAAAUACAUGUGGUUGCCAAAUAUAAAUUUGACCUCACCUCAUUAAAAUGCAACCGGUUUUUGGUUAGCUUAAGCUGGAUUCAAUGAUGGAAUAGGGUUUUUUCUCCUUUUUUUCAUUUUUUCAUUCAUUUCAUCUUCUUUAUUUUUUUUUUCCCUUCAACUGAGAUUUGUGAGAGAGAUUUCUAGAGGGAUGUUUGUGAAUAAGCAGAUUUAUGUUCUUACUGCUGGUCAAAGUUGUAAGGACACCUCUCAUGUACUCCAAGUCAAAUGUUUUACACCCCCCUAUUUUUCCAGUUUUUAUUGAAAUUUAAGCAGUUCAAGUCCAGUGGAUUGCCUUAAAUGGUACAAAGGCCAGCAGU